AUGGCUGAGGGAAGGGGCGGUGCAACGCAAGCAAGUUUGGCCAUUGGGCUAAUGAUGAUCGCUCUCCUGCUUCUUAACGGCGAGCUCGCCAAGUCGAAGGAGUUCACCGUCGGUGACCACCUUGGUUGGGGCUUCAACGUAAGAAACUGGCCCAACGACAAGACCUUCCACGCCGGCGACAUCCUCGAAUUCAAGUACGAGAAGGGGUAUCACAACGUAGUGAAGGUGGACUCAAAUGGCUAUGCCAACUGCAAAUCGAAUAACGCUAUAAGUACUUUCGACAGUGGUUAUGACAAUAUCACGCUCGCAAGAGGCACUCACUACUUCAUAUGCGGCAUCGCCGGUCACUGUUGGUUUGGGAAUAUGAAGAUUAACGUCACAGCACUUUAA